AUGAAGCGGACCAAUUUUACAACAUCAACUACCAAUGAAGUAACAUCGAUUAAUUUAGAAGGCUAUGUUAUUGGAGUAACGAGCAUUAUAAAAAAUGAAAACAAUGCAAAUCAUCAUUAUACUUUGACAAUGGAAGGUCAUAAAGGUUCUGUUAUAACAGUAAUGCGUUAUUUAAGUUCAAAUGUUGUUUGCCGUUUAUAUGCACAAUUACGAAUACUAUUUGAUAAUCAACAUGGAUUUGAACUAUCACACCUCAAAUCAAAUGGAUCUUCAUAUACAAUAACAAAUGAAACUCGUUUAGCUGAAAAAAAAUUAACAUUUGAACCACAAUGGUGCAUAAAUCAAGAUAUUUUAUCGUUAAAGUCAUUAGCAGAAGAAAGAAUAUGUGCUGUUCAAUGUAAAAUUAUUCAUGUUAAUCGAUCUGAAUCAUUUAUAGUUACAUCUGGAUAUAAACGAACUCAAAAAUUACGCAAGGAAGUAAUCGUUGGAGAUAGAACUGGAGCAAUGGUUUUAAAUAUAUUUUAA